GCCGAGAGGAGGCUAGGCAAGCAGCGGAGAGAGAAUCUAAACAGGUGUUGGGUUCCCGCGUGCAGCGCGGCGACCACCGACAGGCCCCGGAUACAUUCGCCGCGAAUAUUGAGUGCGUCCUUUGGAAAGUUCUUCUCCGGUUGAAACACCAGUGGUGUUGAAGAGAACAGCCUUCUUCGACGGUCAACCUUGCGACCUGCGCCUAGCAGCAACAGCCACUUGCAGCCACUGAGCCGCCGUCGAGUUUGUUACGCCGAGUGCCGCAGCAGCCUGGGCGGCGUCGCAUGGCAAGUGUGCUACGGUCGGAGCGGCGGCGGCAACGGCGUGCAGCCAACGCAGCUGCGCCGGACUCCCCCGCCGUUGCCGUGGUCGCUGCCUGGUGAACAUGCCCUGAAACCGCGACGAACAGUGUCCUGAGCAGCCAUGGUGCCGUACAGUCGCGCCACGAGCGACGCCACGGCUGUUCCGUCCAGCAGCUGGCCCACGGUGCUGGCCAGCGGUUGGCUCUUCUUCUUCGCCUCGGCGCUGUUCCGCUCGUACGGCCUGCUCUACCUGCACCUGGUGCGCACCGUGCAGCUGAGUCGCGCUGCGGCCUCACUGCCCAUCGCCUUCGUCGCAGCCGCAGCGGGAGUGUCCGGUCUGCUGUGCACCCUGCUGCACAAGCGAGUUCCUGUGAUCGUAUCAAACCUGUGCUGCUGCCUGGUGUGCGGAGCAGCGCUUUGUUUUCCUUACAUCAUGGCGACUUCGCCGGGCCUGGCCUUGGCUGGCAUUUUUUACGGUCUGGGACUGGGCCCCAUCGAAUGGCGGAGCCAGAUGCUGAUCAAGAAGUGCUUCAAGAAGGACCGCAUCCUCGCCCUAGGGGUGGCUUCCCUAGGCGUCACACUCGCUGGCAUCGUGUUCCCGUGGCUUGUGCAUCACCUGUUACGCGAGUACACCACGCCCGGCGCCUGCCUACUGUUGGGCGCCGUCACCCUGAACGGCUGCAUCGGAACACUGCUUCAAAAGCUAACCGCGCCGCCGAGUGCCACUUCCUGCGGUCGCGGUGUGCUUCCCUCGGUGGCAGCCGUCGAGAACGGCAACGUCGAGAUGCGAGUCGUGCGCAAACGCUACAGCGUGACGAUCGACGAAAAUCCACAGCAGGCCGGCUCGCGUCCCAGGCUUAGCAGCAAACGGGACCGCGGAUCUGCCCCCGAAGGACUCGACCGCGCUGCCGGCGGCACAAAUUCGUACCAGAAGCUCAGAUCUGUGAGCAGCAGCAACAUUCCUGCGGAGAAGGCCGACCAAAAGCCGUCGGACUCGAUCAGGGACGGCUUCGGCCUGCACCAGCUCGCCGACGGAGGUGCCUUUUCGCAGGAGACCAUCUACGAGGACUGCCAGUCGGACUUCGACCCUUGCGAACUGGAGGGCCUUCCCACGUUCAAGCGACGCAGACUCCUAACGGAGGGUUCGGAGACGUACCUCUCCUGUUAUUCCGUCCUGGAUCCGACGUUAUACGACGUAGUCGAGACGAAAGACACCGGUGAAGUUACCAUCCACAGGCGGUCGGUUUCGUCGGAGAGCAUCGUGAUCGUUCCUGUGCAGGCCAAAUUUCAGGGACCGCUGAAAGAACGACUGCGCGUGUUCUUCCAGCCAGCCUCGGUGCUUCUGAAAAACGGCAUGUUUUACAUCUGUGGCCUUAGCUUCGUGAUAUUGUACGUCAUCAACGUCGUCUACAACAGCACCGUGUUGGACUUCGCCGUGGACAAAGGAGUGAGCCCCGAUUCUGCCGUGUCUCUGAUCAGCGUCUUCUCGGUGGCCGACCUCGUCGCCCGGCUCGCGACUUCGGCGCUCAUGAACCGCGAGCUCGGCUCCAAGAAGAUUCUCAUGAUCUGGAUUCAGGCCUCCAGCGGUGUCCUCAUGCUGGCCGCGCCCUACCUGGUUGGCUACACGGCCGCGCUGGUCGCGGCGCUUUUGCUGGGCGCCAACCUGGGAUCUCUGUACGUGUUGUACAUCAUCAUCUUCGAGGACUACAUCGGACUGCAUCUCAUUCCGUGGGCCUUCGGCAUCUACGGCAUCGCUGUGUCUUUGCUGGGCCUGCUGAUGGUAGCCGUCAUAAGUUAUUGUCGCGACAUUCUCAUGUCGUACGACACCUUCUUUCAAGUUAUGGGUCUCCUCUGUCUGCUGAACGUCUUCUUCUGGGCGUUUGCUGAACCAUUCUUCAAGAAACAGAGAAUAAGCGCACGCAAGGCCCAAGAAAACAGCCGUCCACAAUAACAUCGUCAUCAAGGCACCUUCUGCAGCAACUUCAUCUACUGUCCAUCAAACAGCGGCAUGGCACAUGAUUCCACGGUUUGACAGUCGAAAGAUGCGAAAAGUGCCGCAACCCUCCAAGUGGAUUCCGCACUUCACCGAAACUUCUAGCAACGUCAAGCUACAGCGGCUUCGUUGACAUAAUGGUGGCGAACGAACGAGCUGUGUCAAGCGCUGCUACUGAGAAAAAAAGAAAGAAAAUUAGAAGACCGUGCCACCACAUUUGGGCGCAGCGACGUCUUCCCCCAGGGACUACUUUACAGAACGCUGCACCUGCGCGCACACGCAGAAUUACGGGGCAUCCAAGGAUGACGUCUCUUCAUUCGCCUGCCCACGAUGUAUAGUCCACUUCUUCGCACAAGCACUUACAUGUAAAUACGUUGCUUACGCUGCGUGCACGUGAGACGUUUUAACCAGGCCGAAGUCAGCGAAAUUUUUCAGCAGGAGAGUGUACGAAAGGACAAUCGUGACAUUAUAUACGACACUGAGGCCGACACCCCUGUAGGCAAUUCUGUUGGGACUUAAUUUCUUGGAAGCAUCAGUUCAGUUCCAGAAAAAUGGCCAAAAUGCAUGCAGCAUCAAAGUAGCCAUGAAAUUUCGUUAAAGUACUAUGCUAUAUCAGUCCUCUGGAUUCACUUGAGUCACUAGCGACCAUAUGGUUACGACAAACCAGACACACGUUGUUCGUGAAAUGAACGUAAAAGCUUUGUAGCACGGUUCUCCCGUGGCCACACAGCCCUCGACCCUUUAUAUGGUGCGGCGUCGGACACACGGCUACGUGUGUAUAUA